CCUAUUUGGGGGCAAAUUUGGAAGUUCAAUGUAAUGCUUGUAAUACCCCAAAAAUUUCUAGAACAAUUAAGUGUAAGCUAGGGACCUAACUGUGAGAAAAUAAUAUUGUUGAGCCUAAUCACAAAAUUUUGAAAUUUUGAGACUUAAAAGAGGAAAAAAAUUAGAAUAAGGAUGGCAGAUUUUUUUUCCUUCUUUCUUCUUCAACCCGCGUGUUUUGCUCUUCUUCUUCUCCCCUACACCGAACAAGAGCCCCCGCCACUGACACACCCACCCUUUGAGAAACGGUAAAAAGCUUGUGUUUUUCCCUUCUUUUCUUGUUCAAGAACAAGAUUUGGAGCCUUGAAAUCUUUCCCCUCUGCAGAAAUUUCUGGAUGUGCAUUGCUCUGUUCCUUCCAUCUACUACUCUUCAUUGUGUGGGUGUGAUUUUUCCGGUUUCUGGUAAGGGGAAACAGCCAUUAAUUCCUCUUUUCUUUCUUGAAUUGGCUUGGGUUUACUUUAAUUUCUUUUGGUUUCUCCAAUUUUUGGUAGAUCCCUUGAAAUUUUCCUUCAUUCCUGCCGGCCUCCCCCAAUCAACAGCUCUGAUUUUGCUAGCUAAAUUCUGGAAUGUCAUAGCUCCAUUUAAGUCUAAAUUACCCAUUAGUUGCUGAAAUUAUCCAUGAAUUGCCGACCCUAUGCUGUCCGGAUUUUUGUUGAAUUAGGGGGAUGAAUUCCAAUAGAAUUAGAACAAAAUUUAAGCAUUAAUUCAAGUAGAAUUUAUGUGAUUGAGUGUUAAUUAGCUGCUGUAAGGUUUUGGAGAAAAAUCCCGUGAAAUUAGCUUUUUUUUUGCCAAUUUCUAGAAGUUGAUGUUACUGUUCACUACGUAAUUACUGUUCACAGGUGCUGUUCACGGAUUUCUGUUCACGCACUAAUGGCCAACAAUAGGAGGGUUUAAAUGUGUAGUUUAUACUAAGAAUGAAAUUGAGAUGUCUGGUCAUAUGAUUAUUAAUUCUGGAAUACUUUGGUUAGGUUCUUGAUUGUUCUAUCACCUAGCACUUAGAGUGAAUUUCCUAUGUUAUGUGACUGAAGCAAGUAAAUUAUACUAGCGCCUUUUGAUUUCAAAGUAAAAGCAUAUUUUAAAUUGUUUUUGAGAUGGUGGCAAGGUUUAAAUUGAUUUUAUUAGCAUUGAGCAUGAUUGAUUUGAAAUGGGAUUAUUUUCAUUUUCAUUGAAUAAGAGCAUGCCUACUUGGAGUUUACUGAAUUGCCUUGAUGAUUUGAAAAUUUUUGUAAAUUAUGAUUUUCCUGUUAAUCCAUGCCCACAUAGAAUUUUUUCAGUUUAUUCUGAAAUUUGAGAUUGAUUGUGAAUUACGGAUUUUUCGUGUAAAUCCUACAUGGUUUUGUCUCCAAUAUGGUCAUGUUUUACUAUGCCCGCUAGUGGGAGGUUUAUAAACACUAGCACAUGUCGACAUAUUUAUCGAUAGGACUGGUUCAUUAUUGAAAUCCUACCAAUGGGAUAAUACAUUGGUUAUUACUGAAAUCCUGCCAAUGGCAUAAUAUAUUGGUUAUUACUGAAAUCCUGCCAAUGGGAUAAUACAUUGGUUAUUACUGA